AUGGGGAAGCCUCCAGCUGUCGUUAUUAUUGCUAGGCACGGAGCCCGACUGGAUGCGGUGGACAACAAAUGGCAUUUAACAUCCCCUACACCUUACGAUCCUCCUUUGACUUACGGUGGUUGGAACCAAGCUCGGGCUCUCGGAAUCCGGAUUGGGAACAUUUUACGAGCCAGAGAGGAUCCUAGUCAUUCAUCGUCUAACUCCAACAAAAAUAGCGGAGGGAAAGUCAACGCAGAGGCGGCUAGUGACUGCAGGCGUAGCCCAUCAAACACACCUAGGCCGUCCCGAAAGCAGAAGGUCAUUUUCCAUACUUCACCUUUCCUCCGCUGCGUGCAAACAGCUAUUGGGGUGGGUGCAGGAAUGCGCCAAAGCAAGGGCUACUCCCCCUGCCGCAGUGUUCCCCAUACUGCUAAACCCCACACAUCACGUCCCGGUUCCCCUACCACACGAGAUAGCGGCACCCACUACAUUUCAACCAUUUCGCAACCGAUCGAUAGCCCUUCUCCGUCAUGCAAAGUUGCCGAACCUUCUGACAUAACAGUCCAGAAAUACAAGCUCCGACUCGAUGCGUUUCUUGGAGAAUGGCUCUCUCCAGACUACUUCGAGCACAUUGCACCUCCUCCCAGCUCUGUAAUGAUGGUUGCUAGCGCCAAAUCAGAACUCCUCCGCCGUGGAGAGCCUAUUGAAACUGGGAUCGAGGCUGACGGGAAGUCAAUGUUUGGCCACUUUCCCGGCGGCUGGAGUAACCCAUUUACUAGAAGCACAUCCAGAGAUUACAGCGAUGAUGGUGAUAAUGGAAAAGAAGAUGAUGGAGUUUUCAAAGGCAUGGCAUCCAUGGGCUACACGCUCGCACAGAGGAACUGCCCAGGCAGCGUUAAUAACGGAGUAAAUGAGAUGAACAAACCGGAGGGGCCUGGAAUCUCCAAAUUUAGAACAGAUCUUCCUGUGGGCUAUUCAGGAUACAUUCCCCCAAUUGCCGUCUAUGCUGUCUCACCAUCGGACCCGAUUCCUUCAGGUUACGUAUCUCACGCUCGUGAUUCCUGCAUUGACGUAGAUUACCAGUGGGACAGCAUGCGCGAACCUCAGAACUGGGGCAAGGGGGGUGAAUACGGUGAGGAAUGGAGCUCGAUGCACCGUAGAUUCCGCAACGGUCUUCAGCACAUGAUCGACUGGUAUAGAUCUAACGACCCGGGGAUAGGUGGGGCUUCGACUACUUCGCUUAUUGGGGAUGAUGAUGACGAUGACAUUGAGACUGUCUUAAUUUUAAUAACACAUGGAGCUGGCUGUAACGCUCUUAUCGGUGCACUAACAGGACAGCCAGUCCUCCUUGAUGUUGGUAUGGCUUCACUUACGAUGGCAGAGAGGAAAACUGAUGCCACAGAUUCAUCUUGGGAAGAAACCCCUGCUUCCGCCGUCGUGCUACAUCGGCCUCUGGACUCCAGGACAACAGAGUUGGCGGAUGAAUACAACAUGAAACUGAUUUCGUCAACUGAGCAUCUCCGUACAGAGGCGAAUUCCUCCCACGUCUCUCACACAUCGUCAGCAAGAAUCCUCCCAACCCCAAUCUCUUCCUAUCGUCAUCGUUUCAGUCCGACCUCUGAUUUCACCAGCUCGCAGGAGAGCUUUAGCCUCGGAGAGUCAAUGGGCCAAAAACCAAGCAAUUCAAGGAUAUUAGCCCCAAACUACUCUGUCGGGGCUUCGGCAAACAGGCCACCAUCGGGCCUCUGGGGUUCCGUCCAAAUUUCGGGCAACAAUUCAGAAUCUGCUGACGAUUUGGUUCCCAACUUUGAGGACCCAAAACCUAGUUCAGCAGACAGCAGUGGUGCAAUGGAGACGGAUUAUCAGCUACCACACCUCCCCGCGAGAUCGCGAUCACAACGUGGUCUGUGGGGUUGCACCUCGCUGCAGGAGCGUGAACAGCUUAGCAAGCGACGCUGGACUAUGAGUGAGAGCAAUCCUUAA